AUUACUAUUAGUACUCGGUGAUUACUGGUUCGCUACUCGCUAAGUGGCAACCCAGCGAUUCCUCACUGUGGCGCACUCUCUUCCCGCCGCCUUUCAUUCAUAAUAAUAACAAAAUAUCGCACACCGAAAAAGAGGAGGACAACGUCCGCGGACCGUGCGAAGAGGUGUGUUGUGUUGCAGUAGACAGUGAUCGCGCAAUUCGCUCACACAGCCACACACACAAAUACGCGAUUAAUAUAUAUAUAUAUAUAUAUAUAUAUAUAUAUAGUAUAUACACACACAUAUAUAUAUAUAUAUAUGUAUUAGCCAUACUUACGACACAAUAAUUCUAUAAUAGACUCGGCGUACACAAUACACGAUUUUCUGAGCGGCGAACGUCGAUCCGUAAUAUUCGCUUUUGUGCAUUGACGCAUCGUACACGGUUCGCGCUACAAUCACCGUCUUCAGUGCGUUUUUUAGCGAUUUUUUCGUUUGCGAGACGUUCUUCCGUAACUCCACUCGCACAGCUGCGUGUGUACAUACCGUAAUAUUAUUAUUAUGCCCAUCACCGUCUGACCGGAAAACACUAUCCAAUCUCGAGAACGUGUCAACAAUUGUCAUCGAGAUGAAGAAGCGAGAAGAAAUGCAAGUUAAUGUCGCUGGGCUAAGAAGAAAUAUUAAAAACAUAGCACAUAAUUAUUCUGAUGCUCAAGUAAAAGUGCGCGAGGCUACUAGUAAUGAUCAGUGGGGUCCAAGCAGUACGCUAAUGGCUGAAAUUGCUGACUUAACUUAUAAUGUAGUUGCUUUUUCUGAAAUUAUGGCAAUUCUUUGGAAACGACUUAAUGAUCAUGGACGAAACUGGCGACAUGUUCAUAAAGCACUUAUCCUUCUAGAAUAUUUAAUUAAGACUGGCAGUGAAAAAGUUGCCCAACAAUGUAAGGAAAAUCGUUUUGCUAUUAAAACAUUAGAAACGUUUCAACAUAUAGAAGAUAAUAAGGAUAAAGGACAAAGAGUAAGAGAUACAGCUACUCAACUAGUAGCUUUAUUAGAUGACGAUGAACGAUUAAAGACCGAACGAGCACGUGCAAUUAAAGCAAAAGAACGAUCUGCACAAAAAAUGUCUAGUUUUGGCAGUGAUGGAAAUACAACUCCACAAAGUCCCAAGUAUCCAUUGUUUCGAGAUUCCUAUGGUUUAUAUGAUACACGACCUCCUGUAAAAGCUGAACUAGAAAGUGCGCGCCCACAGACUGUUGGUGAAGAAGAAUUACAAUUACAACUAGCUUUGGCUAUGUCUAGAGAAGAAGCAGAACAAGAAGAACAAAAAAGACGUAGUGAUGAUGUAAGAUUAAAACUAGCAUUGUCUCAAAGUGAAAAUGAAUUCAAUAGUGGUUCAGAAUCUGGAGCCAAUAGUAGUAGUGGCAAGAGUAGUAAUAUGUUGGACCUAUUGGGAAUUGAUCUAGACAAUGAUGGAGAUCAAAAUGGUGCAACGGCAGCAACAACAGCAGAUCCAUGGGGUAUGCCUAUAAAAACUCAACCACAGCCUUUAAAUUGGUCUAAUGGAGAUUCAAAUAGUGGAACGCCUAGCCGAGCUGUUGACCCUUGGUCACCUGUUACACAAAAACAAAAUGCCAUUACUUCUGCUCAUGUAUUGCCUAAUGCAACAAACAAUGGUGUACAUCCUUGGUUGUCACAAAAUUCAUCAGCUGCAGCAAUGGCUCCACCAGACCCUUGGACCCCUGCAACAACUGCUCAACCUUUAAGCAAACCAAAUCAAGAAUUUGAUGAAUUUGCUCUUUUAGGAAAUCGAUCAUUGCAAACAAAACCUACUCCUGAUCCAUUUGACCUGUCCCAUUUAAAUAAUGAACUACUAGGAACUUCACAAGGUUCCACGUCAGGUAAAAAGACACCACACAGUUUCUUGGGAGAAAAUUCUGCUUUAGUAAAUUUGGAUAACCUAGUAACAGCUCCUAUUAAUCCAACACCAGUUGCACAAAUACGACCACCUGGUAUGGCAAAUCCAUUUGGUUUAACACCACAACCUCCAUUUGCCAAUCAACCAACGACUUCAUCUGCAUUUAGUGGUCCAACUAAUUCAACUUUGCCACCACCACUUGUACCGUCACCUAAUCCGUUUCUAUCGUAGCAAAAUUAAAGUACUCUUCUAAUCAAUUAUCAAAUAAUUAACAAUAACAAAGUUAUAUUUUUUUACGGUUGUUUCCAAUUUCCAGUAAUAUUAUAUUCAA